AUGAAACUAUUUUGUUUUUCUUUCACAGAGAAAGUCUCCAAUGUGUUGGUAACUUCCAGCAGCACAGACUUGGUUGAGUUCAGUGCUUCUGUCUCUCUGUCCUGCUCUGCCUCUGGAUCCUCUCUCUCUUUCCUCUGGUUGAACGGCAGCUCUGAGGUUACAGCAAGUGACAGAGUUCAGCUCACUGAUGGAGGCUCCAGUCUGACUAUAAUCACUGUGACCCGCUUUGACCAGGGACCAUUCAGGUGUCGUGUGUCCAAUCCUGUCAGUACUGGUACCAGUGAUCCAGUAAACCUCUCCAUCAGCUAUGGUCCAGAAAAUAUCAAUUUGAUCUCAUCUUCUCCACAAGGAUACUUUGCUGUGGGGUCAGACAUCAGCCUCACCUGCUCGGUUGGAUCCAGACCUCCUGCCCACUUUAACUGGUUUCUGAAUGGAGAUCAGCUGCCUGAUACUGGAUCAGAGCUCAGACUGAUGAAUGUUCAGAUGAGUCAGAGUGGAAACUACAGCUGUCAGGCCUUUAACAGCAAAACUGAGAUCUGA